AUGGUCGAAUACCUGACUCCUGAAGCCAUAAAGCUUCUUCUGGAACAACCUGAUAAAUAUACACCCAAAGGCAGACGUGAUCUUACGCUCAUCAGUAUUUUGUAUGACUCCGGAGCACGUGUACAAGAGUUAAUUGAUAUGAAGGUUUGUGAUGUUAGUCUAGACGGUCCUGCUGUUCUCACACUAACGGGAAAAGGGAAUAAGACUAGACGGGUUCCCAUCAUGAAGAAUACAGCUUCUCUUCUGCAAAGCUAUCUUCUGGAAAACAAAUUGGAUAAACCUUGGAGAAAUGAAAAUCCUUUGUUCACCAAUAGCCAGCGUCGGAAGCUGACAAAAGAAGGAGUUACCUAUAUCCUUUCAAAGUAUGUUGAAGCUGGAAGAAAGCUCUCUACGCUCUUGCCUUUGAGGGUGACUAACCACAUGCUUCGCCACUCAAAGGCCAUGCAUUUAUUACAAGGGGGAGUUAAUCUCAUAUACAUUCGUGACUUUCUAGGGCAUGUCGAUUUAAAAACGACAGAGAUCUACGCUAGGGCAGAUACUGAAAUGAAAAGGAAAGCCAUUGAGAAUGUCCAUCCUGAUCUGACCGACAGUGAUCUUCCUGACUGGAACAAGGAUCAGGCCCUGCUUUCUUGGCUAUCUGAAAUAAAAUAG